CCCACACCUCCCACAAACGUUAGAAUAGCCAAACGUUUACGGGAAAAGGGAAGGAAAAGUGGGUGUUGGUUCAGGGUGUGUGUAAGCAAUGGCGAUCACUAGGGAGGGCAUUAAGUUGACUAUUAUUCCUCCCGGCCGCUUAAUUCCGGUACUAUUAGACCUGGCAACAUGCGCAUAUGAUGCUCUAUAGAUCUGGCUACCUGGUGUAUAUGUGGCUACUCGGCUAACUAGUCUAAUUAGGUAGCAAUAAACGUUUUGUAAUUACAAAUGUUGGUCUGUAUGGCAGUUGGUCUUAUACGUUGUAUGAGGCUCGUGACUCAUCUUCGCGCAAUAAUGCUAUUUUGGGGUGUGUGGGAGCGAGUUGUGGCCCGUGGCUAGUGUUGGAGAUAUGGAGGAGGGUCUCCUUUCAUUAAAGUGGAAUAACCACAAGUCUACAUUCUUCCAUGUCCUCUCCAUCCUACGAGAAAAGCAUACAUACACCGAUGUGACGUUAGCCUGUGAUGGACGGUUAUAUCCAGCCCAUAAAUUUGUGCUAUCAACGUGCAGUGAAUACUUCAGUGAUAUAUUUACUUCCACAAGUGGUAACAAUAUAGUUAUUGUACUUAAAGAUGUUAGAAGGCAAGAUCUUGAGUAUUUACUCGACUACAUGUACCUGGGGCAAGUUGAUGUCGCUCAGUCAGAAUUAACGAGCCUUAUUAAGACCGCCGAGUGCCUUAGAAUCAAAGGAUUAGCUAUCCCAGAUGAUGAACCUCAGCAGACUUCAAGAAGAGGGCCAGAGGAACGAGAUCGUGAAGGGAGUCCCCCUUCUAAGAAGAAGAGACAUUUAAUAGAGGAAGAUAGAACUAGUAGCAUAUCCAGCAACAACACAACUAAUAGAAUACCGCAUGUGACCCUUCCGCCUCCAUCGCAGCAACAAGCGGUGUUGCAAAGAUUACAACAAGCACCUCUGCCACAAACUGCUCAGGCACCCCCAACUUCGCAAGCAGCUGCAAAAAGUCAUCCUUCACCGUUGCCUCAUUCCCUCGCAUCUUCACAAGUUCCAAGAUCGUUACAAGUCCCCACAAGUCCACUCCUUCCAACAUCCGUAUCACAGCCACAUCCACCUCUUGCAUCACCAACACAAUCUACAUCAUUACCGGUUAUCAAGCAAGAAGUAGCAGAUCCACCAGAAACUCCAGACGUUUUUAUGAAUGAAAGUUACGACGAGACGGAUACUAAACCAGAUGUCUCGGACUCUAGGCACUUGGAGCAGGAUGUGGCAAUUGCAGGACCCUCAGGAUUGCAAGGGUCUUCAGAUAACUGGGAUGGCGAUAAUGACCUGGCUGGUUUUGCCGGAGGCGAAGGUUACUCAGAAGGCGGAAUGGAAGAUCAAGGAGACUCGGAGGUUCAGGGGGUGGCGGACUUGGAGAGGAAGUACAAGUGCGCGUGGUGCGGGAAGGGCUUUAGACUCUCCGUCCAUCUGAAGGAUCAUGUAAGGACCCAUACAGGGGAGAAGCCCUAUCAAUGCCCUAUAUGUCAGAAGGAUUUCACUCAACGGUCUAAUCUGAGGACUCAUCUCAACAAAAUACACAAAGAACAGUUGGCAUAUGUAAAGAACAGAAAAGGCCGAGUGCCAAAAUAUCCUGUGAAACACGAAUUUUUACCCAGCCUAGUGUCUCCCAGUGGUGGUGGUGGUGGUGGUGGUGGUCUUUCUCAUGCCUCUGUUGCAGAAAUGAAAAAGCUAGUGUUUGCUCCUAGUGAUCCAAAACCUAUCCUUCCCAAGCCUCUUGGCAGUGAGCCUUCUGUAAUGCCUUUCCUCUCCAAAGAAACGGUCAAUUUUUUACAAAGGGAUGAUUUAACUGUUCUUUAUAAGGACAAAGCAACAUGUUUAGAACAUGAAAGAAGGGUGUCAUUACCACAGUUGAUACUGCAGCAACCAUACCAUGACGAUCAGCCGUUUUUUGCUGGAGAGCCUCAGAUUUUUCCUAUUGAUCCAAAUGUUGUAGAUUUAGAUGCAAGUAUGUCUGUAAGGAAAGAACCUGUUGCACAACCAAUCCUAACUAAGGAAACUGCUCUUAAGUCUCCUCAAAAAGAGACACUUUUGAAAGCUUUGCUCUUAAAGGGCUCCUCAUUGGGGACAGCUCCACAAAGUGAUGUUUCUGGAGUUAUGAGACAAGGGAUCCCAUCUACUUUAGCUUCUCCUCUUACUCAUACAGCAUUGUCUGCUGGCCAAAUGCCAUAUUCUAUUCCCAGUUCUGUAGCAGUUUCUCUUGCAUCUCCUGUAUGUAGUCCUCCAGAGGAAAUACUUCAACCGAUACUUGUUAUGGAUUCUUCCAAAGGUUUAUCGUCUGUUUUGCGGUGCCCACGUGAUGUAGCAGUUUCUCGUGGCGACCUUCUUUCUCCUGGGAGCAAAGGCGAAUCAUUUGUCGUUAUAGAAGCUUCUGGAGUGGCACCACAAGAGUCUGUAUCUGCACCAAUAGAUUCUCAAGAUCAGCCUCAAAUAACUGAUGAAAUGAAGAUUUUACUUCAAGCAGUUCAGAUUAGAGUUUCUCAGGAUCAAGGGCAGACAAACAUGCAAAGCAGUUCUACUGUUACAGUGAGAGCAAGCAAUCCUUCCCCACUGAUAACAACCACAUCUGGUCCAGUUGUGAGUCAUACACUUGCUGUACCAACUCCGUCUGGCCCUCCACUGGCCUCAGAUACUGCACUUCGACAGCGCAUUUCUCGAAUGUUGCACGAUAAAGAUCCAACUAAGAAGAAAAAUCCCAGUCAAUGUGCUUCAGUUAAAAAAACAGACCAUAGUUUUGAUCAUCCACCCAAGCCUAGUUUAAAGGAGCAAGAAGUAGCAUCAGUACAGAAUAAAACACCGGAAAAAGGAAGGCCUAUUCCAUUCCUACGGCAGCUGCCUUCAUCACACAUACCCACUUCUCAUCCUCCUAGACCCCCUACGCCACCACUUUCUUCUUCACCUCCGCAACACCUUCCACUUUCCCCAUCAUCUCCUUGUGCUCAUUCCAUACCCACUUCAUCAAUCAUUCCUCCGGUAUCCAUUUCUACUACAUCUUCGACCGAAAGACGACGACUCGGUUUUCAAAUACCCUCAAACAGAGCAACCUAUAAGCCUAAUGACAAACUUGCUGAAAAAUUCAACCUUAGGUCGAAAGGAGGUCUUAGUGAAAAUGAAUCAGUGCCUGACCUUAAGUAGGUAAUCCUGAAAAAAAGUGAUAGUUUGAUAAUGUAUAUAUUAUCUUGUGCAAAUUCAAGUGAUACAGCUUAGUCCUAUAAUUGUCUCCUAUAUGAAAAUGCAGAUCUUUUAGGUUUCUCGUGCCUUUCUUCAUCUUUGUCAUUGUCAUGUAAUGUACUAUACAAAGUGUAAAUCUUCACUCUUCUCAAGCAACUGUUUCGAUAUAUGCCUUCUUGUUUGUGUGGGCAUUUUAUGAUAUAUAUUUAUAUGUAUAUGUGUGUAUAAUGCAUAUGCAGUGCUACCUAGUUCGAACAGAUCAUGAUGGACUGGAACUCGAUGUGCUGAAAAGAUUAACUAACACAUAGGUUUAUCAUGGCUAAAAAAUCCUGUUUUUUCAUAUUUUUUCCGUGAACUGAAAUAUGGUAUUUUGCUCCACCAAGGAGUCUUGGUAGAUUGGUUUAUCAUGGCUAAAAAAAUCCUGUUUUUCAUAUUUUUUUCAGUUUUACUAUUCUCAUGCUUUUAGUAGUAAAUACUAAUAAAGAAACUAUUACAUUUUU